CACCGCUCUUCUUUUCGCCGAGUUCUGUAUUCAUAACUCUUAUUGCCGUACUGACCAUUAUUUGUACAAUAUUGAACACACACUGUAAUAUUUAUUCUGUUCAUAUUCUUAAGACCCACCCAGUCACAUGGAGGCAAAGGGAGGGGAAAGAGGGAGGGAGCAUCGUGAAGCUGACCAUAGUCCCUCCAUUACAUUUGAAGAAAAACAGGAAAUACCUCCUUCUAUAUUCUCUCCGUCUCCAGUGGCUUCAUCGUGAUUCCUCCUGCCUCACUACCAGGCUCCAACAGAUAGGAAAAGAUUUCUGAAGAUGGAAAAAGGAUACCCACCCCACGAGUCCGCUCCACCGUACCCUGGGCCCCCCAUGACCUAUGGGGUCCAGCAGCCAGGGAUGUACCCUCAGCCGGGCUUCUCUCCUGCAGCGCCUCCACCUGCUGCGUAUCAGGGAGGUGUUCCUUUUGCUCCGGCCAUGGUUGCACCUGGCACAAUAGUGACUCACUUGGUAGUAACACCGGCACUGCAUGAUGUCCCGGGACAAACUGUGUGUCCCCACUGCCAGCAGACUGUGAUCACCAGCACCGAGCACACCGCCGGCCUGAUGACCUGGGCCAUCUGUGGGGGCCUCACCCUUUUUGGGUGUUUUCUUUGCUGUUUUAUCCCGUUCUGCGUGGAUUCCUGUCAAGAUGUGGAGCAUCACUGUCCUUCUUGCCAAAAAGUCAUCUACAUAUACAAGCGAAUGUAAAAUUAACUAUGUGGCAGAAUAUCACAAUGCUUAUCUGUUAGUGCUGUGAAAAAUAACGCGUUAACUCAGUUAAUUAAAUUACAGGUUUAACUAGUUAUUUUUUUUAACGCAUGCGAAUGAACUUCCAAUCCGUCUGUUGUUGGUCGUCUCUCCAGCAGCAUGUCAUUCUGUCUCUAGUGUCGCGUUAACACGACUCCGAUCUCCGUCUCGCGCGCCGCAGAGCUCGGAUGCUGGUGUGCGCACAUCGGGACGAAAAAAAAGGCGCUUGCAAAAUGAGCUUCCAAUACACCACUUCAAUCUGAACUCUGUCCGCUCUCAUGCAGACGGUCUGUUCAUCGGUAAUGAUCCUUCCGCAGGUUCACCUACGGAAACCUUGUUACGACUUUUACUUCCUGUAGAUCAGGGUCUCAACACGUCGAUCGCGACCUGCCAGUCGAUCGCGGCGUAGUGUUGGUAGAUCGCAUGACAUUAAAAAGAUUGGCCCGCCCCCUGACAUGUUCUCUAUCGCACGUCUUUGUUCUUUUAUUAAACUAAACGUCUGUUGUUGAUCGUAUCUCCACAGCAGCAUGUCAUUUCUGUCUCUACGCAUCUACACUUAUCGAUCUCCGUCUCGCGCGCCACAGAGCUCCGUGCGCGCGCAUCGGGACCGAGCAAAAGAAAAGUCACUUGUCAAUCUGUCCCCGUGUCCGGGCCGGUGAGGUUUCAGCUUUGCAGCGGUGUCCCCGCCGUCCCUUUCAUCACGGCCCAGUUCAUGAAGAAAACCCACACAGUCAGUUUGCCUCAGCAGCUGCUAGAGGAAGACUAGAGGCCUUUAGAUUGUAUCAUGGUGGAGUUAAUGGUUGACAAACAAGAGAAAAAUGCUCUGUUUAACCCUCCUGUUACCUUUACAUUUACUAACAUAUUUUACCCUCGGGGUCAAUUUGACCCCAGCAAUUAAAACCUCCAGAAAAUUAUGAGAAUUAAUAUUGCUUCCCAAGUUUAAGUGUGAGGUACUUUAUGUUUGUUUGUUGACUACCUAAAUAGCCCAUUAAAUAUAUAAAAAAGUUGAUAUUUCUUAUAUGUUUGACAGUGAAAAACAGCCUGGGGUCAAAUUGACCCCAAAGAACACCGACAUUAAACAUUGAAUGGAGUCAAAUUGACCCGAAAGGUAACAGGAGGGUUAAACAUUCUGUUUAAGAUGAAGAUGUAUUAAUGUUCCAUAUGGAAGAAAACUGCUAAAUAACUGCUGAGUUGCAGCACCAUUGUAUAGAAGAAUGUAUAAAUGUACACUACCGUUCAAAAGUUUGGGAUCACCCAGACAAUUUCGUGUUUUCCAUGAAAACUCACACUUUUAUUUAUCAAAUGAGUUGCAAAAUGUAUAGAAAAUAUAGUCAAGACAUUGACAAGGUUAGAAAUAAUGAUUUGUAUUUGAAGUAUUAAUUUUUUUCUUCAAACUUUGCUUUCGUCAAAGAAUGCUCCUUUUGCAGCAAUUACAGCAUUGCAGACCUUUGGCAUUCUAGCUGUUAAUUUGUUGAGGUAAUCUGUUGAAAUGUCACCCCACGCUUCCUGAAGCACCUGCCACAAGUUAGAUUGGCUUGAUGGGCACUUCUUGCGGACCAUACGGUCAAGCUGCUCCCACAACAGCUCAAUGGGGUUGAGAUCUGGUGACUGUGCUGGCCACUCCAUUACAGACAGCAUACCAGCUGCCUGCUUCUUCCCUAAAUAGUUCUUGCACAAUUUGGAGGUGUGCUUUGGGUCAUUGUCCUGUUGGAGGAGGACAUUGGCUCCAAUCAAGCGCUGCCCACAGGGUAUGGCACAAAUGUGAUGCUCCAGAUAAUCAACUAGCUCAAAGGAAGGCCAGUUUUAUAGCUUCUCUCAUCAGCAAAACAGUUUUCAGCUGUGCUAACAUAAUUGCACAAGGGUUUUCAAGGGUUUUCUAAUCAUCCAUUAGUCUUCUAAGGCGAUUAGCAAACAAUGUACCAUUAAAACACUGGAGUGAUAGUUGCUGGAAAUGGGCCUCUAUACACCUAUGGAGAUAUUUCAUUAGAAACCAGACGUUUCCACCUAGAAUAGUCAUUUACCACAUUAACAAUGUAUAGUGUAUUUCUGAUUGAUUUAAUGUUAUCUUCAUUGAAAAAAACAAUGCUUUUCUUUGAAAAAUAAGGACAUUUCUAAGUGAUCCCAAACUUUUGAACGGUAGUGUAUGUAUCCGUCUUUUGUCAUAAAUCUCUAUGUUCUCACAAAAUAUACCGAGAAUAUCGGUAAUAUGUGAUUAAUCAUGAUUAAUCCACAGAAACCUGUGAUUAACCUGAUUAAAAUUUUUAAUCGUUUCACAGCCCUAUUAUCUGUAUAACCUCACUCGCUCCACUCAACACGACAACUAACACUGUGUUAUAUCCAACAUGCAGUGAAACAUUUGUAAUUCCUAUAACAACAAUCAUGGAAAUAAAAAUGACAAAAACAAUUGUUUCCAGCUGUCUGCUGACUAGACGCUCAUUUGGUCCAGUGGUGAAACCGGUUGGUUGGCGGGUGUCUUACACUUUAUGCAACACUGAUUCGAUUUCGGUGGUCAAAGGUCACUGUGACCUCACAAAACACAUUGUCUGUAAUAAGAAAUUAUGAUGAUGUCAUACAAAUAUUUAUUAAGGUGGUGUGAUGAUACUUUUGACAGACAUCGUUAACUGCAACAUGUCCGGUUGUUGGAGGUGUUUACUCCUUCAACGGAAUUUGUUUAUUUAACUGUUUUAUCUGACAUUAAAUUUAAAAAAAAUC